CCUUUUCUCGUUGCUCUCUGUUUCUCUCUCAACUCUUUAACUGUAUUCAUUUUUCAGGAGAAACGAAACCAGGGAAGAAAACCAAUUUCAUUUUUGAAUUGAGGAUUUUUGUUUGUCAAAUUGAUUGAUUGAAUUUAUAAAUGGCUUCAUCAUCUAUAAUCUCAAACCUUGGAACAAUAAGUCAUCAAGAUUCAUUAAUAGAAUCAAAAAAGAAAAGAAGAAAGAAAAAUCAAUAUCAAUCACAGAAUCAACAACAAAAUCAAACACCGCGAUGGAGAUCAUCAAACGAGCAUCAGAUCUAUUCUUCUAGACUUAUAGAAGCUUUACGUCACGUUCGCCGCAACAACAACUAUAGUAAUGAUAAUUCUUCUUCUUCUUCUUCAAACACCGAUCAAACAUCAAAUCCCAAUACAACAACGUCAUUAUCCACGGCUAAAAACGGAAGAGCGAUAAGAGAAGCAGCUGAUAAAGCAUUAGCAGUAGCAGCUAAAGGAAGAACCAGGUGGAGCCGAGCAAUAUUAACAAAUCGUCUUCAAUUAAAAUUCAAGAAAAAGAAACCAAAAGUUGUUACAUGUCGGUCACAAAAACGUUCUUUCGAUGUUUAUCAGUUAAAAGAUAAGAAGAAACUACAACCGUUACAACGGAAAGUUAAAGUUUUAGGAAGAAUUGUACCGGGUUGUAAGAAAUUAUCAUUUCCGGUAUUAUUAGAAGAGACUACAGAUUAUAUUGCAGCUUUAGAAAUGCAAGUCCGGACUAUGACGGCUCUUACACAGCUUCUUUCUUUGGCCGGCUCAUCAUCAUCGUCAUCUGCGUCGACUAGUCAUGUUGAUGAUCAUAGCUUAUAAUCCACGUCAUCUACUAUUAUUCUUCCUCUGUUUUUUUUUUGUUAUUUAUUCUCUCAGAGUUUUAAAUUCAUGUAUUUUAGUGUACACAUCAUUCCACUAUCUCUGAGUGACAAAAAUUUUCUCUCUAAAACCAUCUGUGAGUUUAUCUUUUCUUUUUCAAAUUGUGCUUUUAAUUAUUUUUCCUUAUAUUAAUUAAAAAUAUCUAUAACAGCAGAUAUUAACUGUA